AUGGUCUAUAUUGUGCUAGGUGCUAACCCUCCGAUUACUUUUUUUGAAGGGUUCAUUCAAAGAAUGUGGGGCAAACUCGGCAUUGAAAGGGUGGCUAGGAUUAAUGCAGGGUUUACAAUUGUCAAAUUUUGGGAUACAGCUAUGAGGGACUUGGUCUUGGAAUCUGGUGUGGUUCAUUUUUUUAGGAAACCUGUCAUUUUGAGGCCUUGGUCGACUGAUAUUGAUACUCUGAGGUUAGUGAAAUCGAUUCUUGUUUGGGUUAGAUUACAUGAUUUGGGGUUACAAUAUUGGGGUACUAAAUGUUUGGGUGCUCUAGUGAGUACCAUUGGUAGAUCCAUGAUGAUUAAUAAGAUAACUAAAGAGAGAUCCAUGGUGAAGUUUGCAAGAGUGCUAGUGGAUGUGGAAAUAUCUGAGAAACUUCCUUCCAGUAUUAACUUUCUGAAUGAACGAGGACAAUUGGUAGAACAGGCUAUUGAGUUUGAAUGGUUGCCUACUAAGUGUGUGACUUGUAAAAUCCUAGGGCAUGUUUCUGCAAGUUGUAGGAGGGAGCAGAAAACAGUUUGGAAACCAAAGAUGGAUCAAAUAGAUGUAGUAGAGGAGCUGGGUGAGCCUAAACAAAAGGACUUAGAUCCAGGUUCAGAUAAUUUGACUACAAUUCCCAUUGAAACUGAGAUUGUUUUGGAGGCAUCUUCUGAUCUUGUGAAGGAGACUCGGGCGUUUCUUGAGUCGAAACGUAGGGGUUCUAAGUUUGAGGAAAUGAUGACAUCAGUUUUCAAGGGUUGGGAGUUCUAUUCAGUUCCAGUGGUAGAAGGACAAAUUUUACUGGUUUGGAGAAGUGAUAUAGUUAAAGUGGCAGUUCUUGGGACUGAGGAUCAGUUCAUUCAUUGUUGUGUGAAGAUCAUGGGGAUUUCUAAGGAUUUCUGCUUGACAGUGAUAUAUGGCAGAAACAUGAUUGAGGAGAGGAAGAGACUUUGGCAGGCUAUGUGUUUACCCCUGUUUCCUGCCCAGCCUUGGUUAGUAGCUAGAGAUUUUAAUGCAAUGUUUGAUUUUGAUGACAGAGUUGGAGGUAGGCCUAUAACAGAUCUGGAAAUGGAAGAUGCUCGUAAUUGGAUGGCUAGUUGUUUGAUGACUGAAAUUCGUAAGAUUGGUGCUCAUUAUACUUGGUCUAAGAAGCAGAUGGAAGGGUCCCGUAUCUUCUCUAAAUUGGAUAGGGCUCUUAGUAAUGAAGCUUGGGUUGAUGCUUUCCCAAACUCAGAGGCUCGGUUUAAUUGGAAUAUUCUUUCGGACCAUUGUUAUUCAAUCAUCAUGACAGUUAUUAGUCAAAUGAGGAUUAAUAUGUGGUCUAAACAUGAGGAGUUUAGAGACAUUAUUCUUAAAUGCUGGUCUAUGAAGGGAGUUUUGGCUAAGUUUAAUAAUCGGAAAAUUGGUGAUGUCACAGUUCACUACUUAACUGCCAAGGAAAAGUUUCAACAUGCUCAAUUUAUGUUUCAGCAGGAUUCUCACUCUACAGGAUUUCAGCAAGCAGAACAUGAAGCGUGUUUAGAAUUUACCCGUCUAUCCAAAAUGUAUGAAAUUUUUAUUAGGCAAAGGAGCAAGAUCACUUGGCUGAUAUUUGGCGAUGACAAUACGUCCUACUUUCAUGCUAGUCUAAAGCAGCGGUCAGCUUGUAAUAGGAUUACAAUCUACUUGGAUGAGCAUGGUAAGAUUGUUGAUUGUUAUGAUGAUGUGGUUAAUCAUUUUAAGGGGUUUAUGGGUAGUCCUAGUUCAACUAUUUCUAGGAUUCAGCAAGAUUGUCUUAAGUUUGGCUCUAUUAUGAAUUUAGACCAGCAACUCAGUUUAAUUAAGCCUUUUUCGAAGAGGGAUGUUAAACUGGCCAUGUUUAGUAUUCAUUCUAUAAAAAGUCCUGGUCUUGAUGGGUUUGGUUCGGGUUUUUUCAAAUACAUGUGGAGAGAUUUGGGGGAUGAGAUUUCUACUGUUGUUUUGAAUUUUUUUGAAACUAAUCGAUUACCAACAGCUAUUAACAGAUCAAUUAUUACCCUUAUUCCUAAAACUGACAAUCCUUCUACAGCAGCAGAUUGUAGACCGAUAGCACGUUGUAACACUCUAUACAAAUGUAUUUUGAAGAUGCUUUGUAUGAGAAUAGCCAUUGUUCUUCCUUUGCUUACUCAUCAGAACCAGGAAGCUUUCAUUAAAAAUAGAUCUUUGGCUCAUAAAAUCUUCAUUCUCCAAGAUCUCCUCAAAGGCUAUUCUAGGAAUAAUAUUUCAACUAGAUGCUUAAUAAAGAUGGAUCUAAGCAAGGCUUAUGAUUCCAUUGAUUGGUAUUUCUUGGAGGAUCUAUUGAAGGCUUAUUGUUUCCCUAGUCGAUUUAUCCAAUGGAUCAUGGUUUGUUUGAAAGGGGCUUCAUAUUCUUUAUUACUGAAUGGCAGAUUACAUGGGGGAUUCAGUGGAAUGAAAGGUCUGCAUCAAGGUGACCCCAUUUCUCAUCUUCUAUUUGUAUUGAUUAUGGAGUAUCUUACUAUAUUUCUUGUUCAAGCUGCUCAACACAAGGACUUCAGAUUCCACCCACUCUGUAAAAAGCUGAAUCUUGUCAACCUUUGCUUUGCAGAUGAUCUCAUUCUUUUUUGCAAGGGUUCCUUUAAGUCGGUUCAAAUACUUUACACUGGUUUUAACAAAUUCAGUCAGGAUUCUUGUCUCACAGUGAACUUAUCUAAGUCUCACAUCUAUUUUGGUGUUGUUCAUUAUGAUGAAAAGAGGAGAAUCAUGGAGUGCUUAAAGAUUGAGGAGGGUUCUGUCCCUCUAAAAUAUCUGGGUCUGUUUCUUAGACCUACUAAAUGGAAGGUUGAGGAUUGUGGUCUAAUUCUUAAAAAAAUUCAAAGUCGAUUACAUACAUGGUCUACUAGGCACCUUUCUUUUGCUGGAAUAUCUCAGCUUAUUCAAUCAGUUUUGCUGGGUAUUAGGACUUAUUGGAUGAGUAUUUUUUUGCUUCCUCCUAGAAUUAUUCAGGAGAUUGAUAGAUUAUGCAGGAACUUCCUUCAGGGAGCAAAGGGCAACCGGAGUAAGGUGCAUCUGUCAUCCUGGGAGCAGGUGUGUUUACCUAAGAGAUUGGUGGGUAUUGGUUUUAAAGAAGGGUCUAAAUGGAAUGUAAUAUUGAUGGCCAAGUACAUAUGGGCAGUUUCAACUAAGCAGGACUCCUUAUGGGUCAAAUGGGUAGCAGCCAUCUAUCUCAAAGGGAAAAAUUUCUGGGCCUACAGCCUUAAACCUGAUGUGAGCUGGUAUUGGAGGAAGAUUAUUAAGCUGAGAGAUGCUUUCUCUUAUGAUUCUUUAUUGGCUUUAGUUAACAAAGGAAAAUUAAACCCUUCUUGCUUAUAUAAUCAGUUGGUUCAAAAGGAUAAGAUUAAGACUAGUUUAUGCCCUGUUUGUGAUAUGGAAGUUGAGUCUCAUGCCCAUCUUUUCUUUGAUUGUGCCUUCUCCCAGCAUGUGUUGCACCAGAUUCAAUCUUGGCUGGGUCAAGCGAUUUGGCCUUCUCAGUAUUCAGGCUGGCUGAAUUGGAUGGAAGGGAGACCUAGGGGGCUUCACCAAAGGAUUGUUGUUGUUGUCCUUGCAGCUGCUGUUUAUUAUAUUUGGAUUAACAAAAAUUGUUGUGUUUUUUCUUCUUAUUCUUUUUCUGUUUUGAAAGUGGACUCUCUGAUUCUUAUGGGUCUUAAAGCCAGGUUGUUUGGUUUAGUUAGAUCAAAGCUGAAAGCUGAUGAGUUGAGAUUGGUUGAUUAUAUUCAUCAUUUGUAA